CGUGUAAUGGAGGAAUUACUUGAACAAGAUUUGACAGACAAGAAUAUAGCUAUCUUGCAUCCAGACCUUGGAAUUGGAGGAGCAGAACAACUCAUCAUAAAUGUUGCCCUUGCCUUACAAGAGAAAGGAGCCAAUGUAAUUAUGUAUACUCCAAGGUUCGACCCAGAUAGAUGCUUUGAAGAUUGCAGUAAACUCAAUAUACAGGUUAGAGGAAGCCUAUUCCCAAGAAGUAUACUUGGAAGAUUCUUUGCACUUUGAGCAUAUAUCAGAAUGUUGCUUUGCGCACUUCAUGUUGCCUUCUUUGCAGGAGGAUUUGACUGAAUUCUUCUUGAUCAGGUGUCUUUCCCAAUUCCUAUUUUGAGAUGAGUAAACAGAAAUGUUGUAUUUUACUGACAUUUUCCUGACAAGUUACUAUGAACAGAAAGAACUUCAUGGUUCAAGAGGCUCUAUAGAUGGGUUUUGGAUACAUUAGAAGAGAAGACAACUGGAAUGGCACGAAAAGUUCUGGUAAAUAGUGAAUUUACUAAAGAAGUAUAUCACAAUGCGUUCCCAACUCUAAACACAGAGCCUAAUGUGCUAUAUCCUUGAAUUAUAGAGAAAAACUUUGAACUGCCUGAAAGCUUCAAUGGGAAAUCAGUGAUUUAUGAGAUGCUUAACAUUCCUAAAUCCCAACCUUUGCCCAAACUAGUCACAAGUCUCAACAGAUACGAAAGGAAGAAGAAUAUUGGACUUGCCAUUCGUAGCUUUAGAGCUUUAAUAAACUAUGAAGGAGUUGAUCCCGACCAAUACCUUUUGGUUAUCGCAGGAGGAUACGAUAAUGCAGUCACUGAAAAUGUUGAGCAUUAUGAAGAACUCUUGCAACUAGCAGAAGGACUCACAAAUAUUAGAUUCCUCAGGUCAAUAUCUAAUGAAGAGAGAUUAACGCUUUUAAGAUACACCGAUGUCCAGCUUUAUACACCAGAAAAUGAGCAUUUCGGAAUUGUUCCCGUUGAAGCUAUGUACAUGGGAUGCAUUGUGUUAGCUUGUAACUCUGGAGGUCCAACAGAAUCUAUUGUAAAUGGAAGGACUGGAUUCCUCCUUGAUGCUGAUGAUGUGAGUCAAUGGGGUAAGAAACUUCAUGAAAUUUUCCAAGGUCAAAGCCCAAAUAAACUUCUUGAAAUCCUGAAGACUCAAGCAAAAGAGAGAGUUGAAGCAAAGUUCAGCUUUAACGCAUUUGCCAAUCAGCUUGCUGAGUAUAUUCAAUAGAUAAUUCAAUCUUUAGACCAAA